AUGGAGGUGGAGCAUUUGAACGCUCCUGCUGCGAGGGUGGAGCGAGGAGGAUGGGUGUGCUACACGCGCCCCAUUUCCGUAAUAAAAAAAAAAUUUAAACGGUCAAAUGACCGUUGCCUUCUCAACGGUCGAAUUCGCGAUUAUUUUUCUGUCGAUCCUGUUUAUGGGCCACAAUUCUUUCGCCGUCGAUUUAGCAUGAGCCGGGAGUUGUUUCUACGCAUUGUCAAUGCGCUAGAAGUCGAUCCUUACUUCCAACAACGUCCGGAUGCUAUUGGCCGCUUAAGCUUCUCCCCGAUCCAGAAGUGCACUGCCGCUGUUCGACAAUUGGCAUACGGAACUGCUGCUGAUUGUUGUGACGAAUAUCUCCGUAUAGGAGAGACGACGACGUUGGAAUGCUUGAAGAAAUUCUGCAAGGCCGUCGUUUGUAUCUUUAGCAGCACGUAUUUGAGGCGGCCAACAGCCGUCGAUGUGCAACGCAUCACUGCACAACACGAAGCCCGCCAUGGGUUCCCGGGAAUGUUGGGGAGCCUAGACUGCAUGCAUUGGGGAUGGAAGAAUUGCCCCGUGGCUUGGCACGGCGCCUACACUCGAGGGGAUCAAGGCGAGCCAACAAUUAUAUUAGAGGCCGUUGCUUCACAAGAUUUGUGGAUCUGGCAUGCAUUCUUUGGAGUCGCUGGGUCCAACAACGACAUCAACGUGCUCCACCAGUCCACGCUAUUCAACGAUGUUUUAGCGGGGCAUGAAAUGGCUGUGCACUUCCUCGCCAACAAUUCUCACCACACUCGAGGAUACUACUUAACAGACGGCAUCUAUCCGGACUGGCCGGUGUUCGUGAAGAGCUUCCAGUUUUCGAACGAUGAGAAGAAGCGGAGGUUCAAGGUGAUGCAAGAAGCUGCAAGGAAGGAUGUGGAACGAGCUUUCGGUGUUCUUCAGGCUCGGUGGGGUAUAAUCAGAGGACCGUCGCGUUUGUGGAAGGCGGAACAAAUGAGUAAGGUGGAAAUGCAAGUAAUUUUGACGAUGACGACGGCGAGGGACCAAGUUCUACUCCUCAAACACAAUUCAAUUCUGGAGCACCACCGGAGUUCGCCGCCUAUUUGGCACGGAAUGCAAGCUUGA